AUGAACAAAGCAAAUCGGCAUUCUCCUCGCUACCAAAAUUUAAAUGAUAACAAAAAACAGAUAUAGCAACUUAAUGAAUUGGCAAUAAGUUAAUCUUAGAGAAUCAAUGAAUUUGAAAGAAAACUAUAAAAUAUGUUGAAAAAAUUAAAUGACUCACAAAGUUUUAAUGCAGAAUAAAUUUCAAACUAAAUUUCUGAAUUAGAAGAUGAAAAAAAUGAUUCUUAGCUUAAUUUAUCAGUUCCAGAUUAUAUUUUCAAAAAAACAGAUUGCGGUAAUUUGAUAGAUCAAAAAGAAAAAUCUGAUGAUAAAAAGAAAAACAUAAAUCAUAACUAAGAAUAGUUUAGUCCAGAAUCUAUAAGAAAUAAUUAUUAAAGUUAAACAUAAAACUCUAAAUAGGAAUUAGAAACGAAUUGUUAAAAUUAGAAUUAAGAUAAAGAUUAGCAUCUAUUUUUAUAAAAUAUAGAAUAAAAAGAAGAAAUAUCUAAAGAAGAAAUUUAAUUGGAUUAAGGAACUGUUUAAGAUUAUGAAUCAGUAAAUAGAUAAGAUGAAUUUAAUGAAAUUUUAAUUUAUAAAGCUGAAAAUAAGGUUUUAAGUGAGGAAAAAUAAUUAAAUCAAUAAUAUAUAGAACAUGGUGUUUAGAAUAAUUAAAUUCAUGAAAUUUAAAAUUAAAUUUAACUAAAUCAAAAACAAAUUUAUAAAAUUUAUUGCAAUCUAAUAAAAUAGAAUUCAAAUCAAGAACAUAGUAUAUAGAAAUUUAUUUAUAAAAUUAUCAAUUUACUAUAAGAAAAAAAUCUUAAGAUAAUUAAAGUGUUAAAUUUAGAGUUAAACAAAAUAAAUUUAGAAUAGAGUAUCGGAAGUAAUGAAAUAGAUAAAUGUAAUUUUUAAUUUAAUAGACUAAUUGAAAAAUAAGGAUAAUAACUCAAAAAAAUGGAGUAGGAAAUUUAAGAAAUUAUGUAAGAAAAAAUUGAUUAAAUAAUGGCAAUAAUUAAUUAAAUUAUUGGAGUUUAUUAAUCCAGAAAAUAUGAUGAUUAAAUAGAUAAGAUAAUUGAUCGAAAAGAAUCUAUAAGUUAUUUACAGUAAUUUGAAUUUUAGGAUGAUUUGGAAGUUUCUAGUUAAAAGAAUGAAUUAUUAAUUAGAUAAGAAGCAAGCAAUAAUUGGGAUUAGAAUAGUAAUAUUAGUGAUAUUGUAAAUAGAUCAAUUUAAAAAAUAAAUGAUUAAUCACUUUCUUAAAAUGAUGAAAAGGAGAAUAAUAUUCAAAAUAUAUUAAAUUAAAUUGCAAAUCUGCAACAAUAAAAUAAUAAAUAAGUAGAAGCACUUAGCACAACAACUAUGAAACAUAGAAAAUCUACUUCAGAUUAAUUAAAGAAUCAAUAAGAAAGUAAUAAUAAAUAAUAAGUAAAUAAUAUUUAGGAAAAUGAUCAAGAUAUAAAUAAUUGUGUAAAUUAAACUUUUUAAGAAAUAAAUAAAUCAAUAAAUAAUAGUGAUAAUAAGGAAUCAUAAAAUUCAUUUAAAAAAAUAUCGGAUAUUGGAAAUAAUAUUUUUUAAGAAUUUAAAGAUGGAAAUUAAUAAUAAUAUCUAAGGUAGGAUCAAGAUCUUUGUAGCAGUUUUAUUGAAAAAAUAAAAUAUAUAUGCAACAAAUAUUAAAAUAAUAAUAUUAUUGAAUUUUUAGAUAAUAAAAUAACUGAAUACACAAAUGGUUAGGAUAAUUUUAAUACUUAAAAUGAAGAUAAGUUAAUCUAAGAAAAUAAAAAUAAAUUACUAAUAUAAUCUUUAGAUUCAAAAGAGGAAAUAAAACAAUUUAAUUUAUUAGACGUUAAUAUUAUUAAUAAUGAACAAUGUUAAAAUCAAAAUGAUAAUUAAAUAAAUUAAUCAAUAAAAUAAAAACUGUCAGAAUUAUAAGAUAAAGAAAAAUAAUAAGAUAAUCUUUUAGAAGAAAAUAUUUUGUUUGAUUAAUAUUCAAAUAACACUCAAAAUACAAUUGAGUAGAAUUAAGAUAAACAAAAAGAUAAGUUGAGUAAUAAAAAUAUAUAAUUUAUUGAUCUGUAAGAAGAAAAUAAUAACGAAAAUCAAUAAUUUAAUUAAAAUUCUAACUAAAAUUUGGACGUUGAAACAACUCAACAGAUUAAUUAAGUUAAAUAAAAUAUAUGUUAAUCUAUUAAUAAUAAUGAAAUAGAAAAAUUAGGUUAUAAGAAAGAUAGUUAGAAUCAACAUUUCCUAAAUGAUUAUUAAAUUUAAUAAGAGAAACUUAAUGAUUAAAAUAAUUUAGAAAAAAAAAAUGAUGUUAAUUCCUGUUAAAGCUUAUUAAAAUAAGAGAAUAAUGAUUUAAGUAAUGGAUAAUAAUCAUUGAAGAGUGAAAUUAAAGAAAUUUCAUAAAAAAAUAAGGAAUUUUGUAAUUUAAAUAAUGAAUAUCAAGAUGUUAUAGUUUAGAAUUUAUAGGAAGUAGAUAUGAAAUAACUGAAUAGCGAAAAUGAAGAAAAAAUCAUGAAGGAAUAAUUAGUAAUAUUUAUAAAUGAAGAAAAUAGUUAAAUAAUUAAUUUGAACCAAGGAAAUAUCAAUAAUUAAGAGGGGAUACAAAUUAUUUAAAAUAACCAACAUGAUGAUAUAUAAAAGGAAAAAUAAUAAGGUUCAUCCGAAUCUGAUUAUUAAAAAGCCGAAUUAGAAAAAUAAUAAAAAGAAUAAGAUGGCGAAUUUACUUAAGAAUAAGAUAAUAAAUUUGAAAUCUUAAAAAAAGAAAAAAAUAAUUAAAAAGUUUUACAAUAAUAAAUCAUAUAGCCUCAUGAGCAUUUUGACACAAAAGAGGUUAAUUUAAAUAAAGAAUUUUAAGAUAAAAUCACUUAACAAAAAUAAUUCAUAGAAGAUAUUUUAAAAAAUAAUAAUGAACUAUUAGAUUAAAAUAAAAAAUAUGAAGAUAAAAUAUAUAAAUUAGAGCAAUAAAUAGAGUUUACAAAACAAUAUUAUAAUUAACAUAUAAAUUAAGAAUAAACAACAGAAAAAAAUGUAGGAAUUCAAGAUAUAUAUGCUAUACAGGUUUAAUAAAAAGAUGAAAUAAAAGAUAAGUUAAAUAAAUAAAUGUAAGUUACUCAAACAUCAGAAACAGAAAAAGUUAAUUUUUAUAAAGAAUCUAUGGGUUAAAUAGAUUAAUAAAAAAUAUAUACUCAAGUAUAAAAUAAUAAAUCAGUUGAUUAAAGUGAUUAAAAUGAAGAUUAAAUAAUUAAACUAUAAUAAGAAAUAAAUUUGACUUUAGAAAAAAAUAUAAAAUUUAAAAUAUAAAAUUAAGUUAUUGAAGAUUAAAUAGUUCAGCAAAAAUAAGAAUUGCAAGAAUUUAAUACUUAAAAAUGUGAGAAAAAUGAAAUUACAUUAUCAUCCAUCAAAAAAGCAGAUUUAUUAAAGGAUUAUGAAGAUUAAAUAGCUUAACUAAAAAUAACAAUAAAUGAAAUUUAAGUAUUGAAUGAUACAUUAGUUAAUUAAAAUAAAUAAAAUGAAGAUAAAGUAAAUAAAUUAUAAUAAGAAAUCUAAUUGAUAAGAGAUAAAGUUAAGAAAUUUAUAAUAGAAAAUUAAGUAAUUGAAGAUCAAAUAUCUCUAAGAAAAUAUUAAUUUUAAAAUAUCGUAAAUAGUGAAUAAUGUGAUUAAAUUGAAGAUUAAUAGGAAUCAUCAGAAAAAAAAUAUUAAACAACAAGUACAAAUAAGGUUGAUUUAAAAAAUAAUUAUGUUCAUUUUGAAUCUGAGCUAAAUAUAAAAACAGAAGAUAUAAAAUUAUAAAAUACCAAUAUGAUUGAAUAUUUGGAAAUUAUUUAAGAUUAAAUAGAUUUACAAUAAUAAGAAAAAGAAUAAAAUCCCGUAGUCAAGGCUCAAUUAAAUGUCAGUAAAGAAUAAUAAAAUAAAGUAUAUGAAUAAUAAUAAGAGAUAUAAAAUAUAAAAAAUGUUAGAUCAAUAUAGGUGGAAAAUAAAAUAUAAAAAGAUGAAAUAGUAGAACAAUAGUGUAAGAGUUAGGAUAUGAAUUAAAUUGACGAUAAAGAAUAAUAAAAUGAAUAAAGUAAAGAAAAAAAAGAAAUAUAAGAUAUUUAAAAGGAAAUAAUUUUAUAAAAUAAAAAUAAAGAAUAAAAAGAAUAAUUAGAUAAAUUAAUUAAAUAAAAAAAAGAUAAUUAAAAAUUCUAUGAUAGAUAAUUUGAAAAAAAAGAAGAUUAAGAAGAUAUUCAAGAAGUGAAUGAAAAAGUUGAAUAAAAUAAAGAAUAAGAAAUUUAAUAAGAAAAACUCAAUAAAGAAAAAUAAGAUAUUAAAAAUGUAAAUAAACAAUUAGUUCAAUAAAAUUAAGAAUAUGAAAAUUAAUAAAAAUAAUAAAAAUAAGAAAUAUAAAAUUUACCAAAAGUAUUAACUUAAUAAGAUUAAGAAAAUGAAAAUUAAAAUUAUCAACCAGAUUAAUAAAGAUAAGAAAUAUUAGAUAUCCAAAAAAUGAAUGAAAUUGUUGAAAGAAAUAAAGAAUAAGAAAUUUAAUUAGAAAAACUCAAUAAAGAAAUAUAAGAUAUUAAAAAUGUAAAUAUACAAUUAGUUCAAUAAAAUAAAGAAUAUGAAAAUUAAUAAAAAUAAUAAAAAUAGGAAAUAUAAAAUUUACCAAAACCUUUAUAUUAAUAAAAUUAAGAAAAUGAAAAUUAAGACUAACAAUUAGAUUAACAAAAAUAAGAAAUAUUAGAUAUCCAAAAAAUGAAUGAAAUUGUUGAAAGAAAUAAAGAAUAAGAAAUUUAAUUAGAAAAACUCAAUAAAGAAAUAUAAGAUAUUAAAAAUGUAAAUAUACAAUUAGUUCAAUAAAAUAAAGAAUAUGAAAAUUAAUAAAAAUAAUAAAAAUAGGAAAUAUAAAAUUUACCAAAACCUUUAUAUUAAUAAAAUUAAGAAAAUGAAAAUUAAGACUAACAAUUAGAUUAACAAAAAUAAGAAAUAUUAGAUAUCCAAAAAAUGAAUGAAAUUGUUGAAAGAAAUAAAGAAUAAGAAAUUUAAUUAGAAAAACUCAAUAAAGAAAUAUAAGAUAUUAAAAAUGUAAAUAUACAAUUAGUUCAAUAAAAUAAAGAAUAUGAAAAUUAAUAAAAAUAAUAAAAAUAGGAAAUAUAAAAUUUACCAAAACCUUUAUAUUAAUAAAAUUAAGAAAAUGAAAAUUAAGACUAACAAUUAGAUUAACAAAAAUAAGAAAUAUUAGAUAUCCAAAAAAUGAAUGAAAUUGUUGAAAGAAAUAAAGAAUAAGAAAUUUAAUUAGAAAAACUCAAUAAAGAAAUAUAAGAUAUUAAAAAUGUAAAUAUACAAUUAGUUCAAUAAAAUAAAGAAUAUGAAAAUUAAUAAAAAUAAUAAAAAUAGGAAAUAUAAAAUUUACCAAAACCUUUAUAUUAAUAAAAUUAAGAAAAUGAAAAUUAAGACUAACAAUUAGAUUAACAAAAAUAAGAAAUAUUAGAUAUCCAAAAAAUGAAUGAAAUUGUUGAAAGAAAUAAAGAAUAAGAAAUUUAAUUAGAAAAACUCAAUAAAGAAAUAUAAGAUAUUAAAAAUGUAAAUAUACAAUUAGUUCAAUAAAAUAAAGAAUAUGAAAAUAAAUUAGAAUAAAAAAAUUAAGAAAUAUAAAAUUUACCAAAAACUUUAUAUUAAUAAAAUUAAGAAAAUGAAAAUUAAGACUAACAAUUAGAUUAACAAAAAUAAGAAAUAUUAGAUAUCCAAAAAAUGAAUGAAAUUGUUGAAAGAAAUAAAGAAUAAGAAAUUUAAUUAGAAAAACUCAAUAAAGAAAUAUAAGAUAUUAAAAAUGUGAAUACACAAUUAAUUCAAUAAAAUAAAGAAUAUGAAAAUAAAUUAGAAUAAAAAAAUUAAGAAAUUUAAAAUUUAUCAAAAGUAUUAACUUAAUAAGAUUAAGAAAAUGAAAAUUAAAAUUAUCAACCAGAUUAACAAAGAUAAGAAAUAUUAGAUAUCCAAAAAAUGAAUGAAAUUGUUGAAAGAAAUAAAGAAUAAGAAAUUUAAUUAGAAAAACUCAAUAAAGAUAUAUAAGAUAUUAAAAGUGUGAAUCUACAAAUAGGUUUAAAAAGUUAAGAAGAUUAAGAAAAAUAAUUAGCUAAACAAACAGAAGAAAUAUAAAAUCUUCAAUAAGUUAAGACACAAAUAGAUUAAAAAAAUAAAGAUUAAGAAUAAUAAUUAGCUAAACAAACAGAAGAAAUAUAAAAUCUUCAAUAAGUUAAGACACAAAUAGAUUAAAAAAUUAAAGAUUAAGAAUAAUAGUUAACAAAAUAAAAAGAAGAAAUAUAAAAUCUUCAAAAAGAUAAGACACAAUUAAAUGAAAAAAUUAAAGAUUAAGAAUAAUAAUUUGCUAAAAAAACAGAAGAAAUAUAAAAUCUUCAAAAUGAUAAGACACAAUUAAAUGAAAAAAUUAAAGAUUAAGAAUAAUAAUUAGCUAAACAAACAUAAGAAAUAUAAAAUCUUCAAUAAAUUAAUACACAAAUAGAUUAAAAAAAUAAAGAUUAAGAAUAAUAAUUAGCUAAACAAACAGAAGAAAUAUAAAAUCUUCAAUAAGUUAAGACACAAAUAGAUUAAAAAAUUAAAGAUUAAGAAUAAUAGUUAACAAAAUAAAAAGAAGAAAUAUAAAAUCUUUAAUAAGUUAAUACACAAAUAGAUUAAAAAAAUAAAGAUUAAGAAUAAUAAUUAGCUAAAUAAACAGAAGAAAUAUAAAAUCU